AUGGCUUCCGUCCCGAGUGUGCAAACCUUCGGCAAGAAGAAGACGGCCACUGCUGUCGCCCACUGCAAGCAAGGCAAGGGCCUCGUUAAGGUCAACGGCCAGCCCCUCUCUCUGGUCCAGCCUGAGAUCCUGCGCUUCAAGGUCUACGAGCCCCUUCUGAUCGUUGGCGCCGACAAGUUCGCUGGUGUCGACAUCCGUGUCCGUGUCAGCGGUGGUGGUCACACUUCGCAGGUCUACGCCAUCCGUCAGGCCAUCGCCAAGGCCAUCGUCGCUUACUACCAGAAGUACGUUGACGAGCACUCCAAGAACCAGCUCAAGCAGGCUUUCGCUCAGUACGACCGCACUCUCCUCGUCGCCGAUAACCGUCGCGCGGAGCCCAAGAAGUUCGGUGGUCGCGGUGCCCGCGCCCGCUACCAGAAGUCCUACCGUUAA